AGCGCGCCCGAGCGCAAGCUCACGCUCAGCCACAUCUACCAGUUCGUGGCCGACAGCUUCCCCUUCUACCAGCGCAGCAAGGCCGGCUGGCAGAACUCCAUCCGCCACAACCUGUCGCUCAACAACUGCUUCAAGAAAGUGCCCCGCGACGAGGACGACCCAGGGAAAGGUAAUUACUGGACUCUGGAUCCAAACUGUGAGAAAAUGUUUGACAAUGGGAACUUCCGUCGGAAGCGAAAGCGCCGCUCUGAGGCCAGCAGCAGCUCCACCCUGGCUGCUGGGACAUCAAAAUCAGAAGGGCUCUCCUCAGGAACAGGGUCUGCAGUAAGUGGGAAGUCAGAAGCAGACAGCCCCUCCUCUCUGCUGAGGCCUUCACAGUCCCCAGAGCCUCCCGAGGGCACCAAGAGUACUGCUUCCUCCCCUGGAGGAUCCAUGCUCACCUCCGCACCUUGCCUCCACACUUUCUUCAGCAGUCUCAGUAACUUGAGUGUCGGCAGCAGUGGGAACACCCAUCAUCGAGCUCUCCCUGGCAGCCGCCACCUAGGAAUCCAGGGGGCCCAGCUGCCCUCUAGCGGCUCAUUCCCCCCUACCCCUAUCUCUGAGACCUCGCCAGAUGCCUUGCAACUGAGUAAUGGCACAGGCAAUAGCAGCAGCCAGAGAUCUCCCUAUUACAGCCCUUUCCCUGCCAGCACCAGUGGGGGCCAGAACAGCCCCUUUGGUGGCCCUUUCUACAACUUCAGCAUGGUCAACAGCCUCAUCUACCCCCGGGAGGGCUCUGAGGUGUAG